CGUCACACUCCCAUAAUGCACGCGCUCUGAAACUCCAGCGCUGCACUGGAAAAUCCAGGCCCUGAAAAUAAUAAAAUAGUUUUACAAAAUAUCUCAGAGAAAAGGAACAAGAACCGAUUCCCGAAAGUUUUAAAGGGCUGUAAUCAUGAAGAACUGCCAUUCACAUUCAACCCCUUCUCUGGCUGGUGUGGCUGGAUGAGACCUGGAGAAGAACCACACAACUUACCCAAUAAUUACCCUCUGGAGAGACACACACACACACAUACAACUCACACAAGCUCAGGUAGGUUCAUACACAUCCAGUCCGAGCUUUAACGGCUGAGUGUUUGACUCCUCUCCUUUCAUCGCACAGGCCCUAUUGGGUUGCUAUGGCAGCUGCUGCUGCAGAACCACCCCAUCUGAUAGAAGCUUGUACUGGAAAGGGAGACAGGCGGACAGACCGUCGCCUGGAGAGAGUACGAAACACUCCACUAACAGCAUUCAGCAGCACUCAACACCCCACUCUCCAUUAAGGGUGGAGCCAAGGUUGUCAAGUUUGAAGGUCCUCUCUUAAAAUACCCCAUGAGUCUGCUCAGGCUUAUGCUCCGUUGCCCUCUGCAGAAGACCCAGCGCUGUUCCCUCUGCUAGAAGAUGUUCCAACAGAAGGAGCACCUGAAAAGCCACCUGCAGGCCCAUGACGCCAACAGGCAGGUGUUCCAAUGUCAGGAGUGUGGCAAACAGUACAGCACUCAGCUGGGUUACCGGCGCCACCUUCUGGCCACUCACACCCCCACCUCCCUCUCUGGUGAGCUCCAUUUCCAGGAGGGAGAGCCCACCCUGCUGGAGCAGCUAGGGAGCCACACCGACAGGCCUCAGCCACUGGGGGGUGCCACCGACGCCAUCAGGGAGAGGAAGUAUUCGUGCGAGCGUUGCGACCGACGCUUCUACACCCGCAAGGAUGUGCGGCGCCACGCUGUGGUGCACACGGGCCGCCGGGACUUCCUGUGCCCGCGCUGUGCCCAGCGCUUUGGCCGCAGGGACCAUCUGACACGCCACCUGAAGAAGAGCCACGUCCAGGAGGCCACACCCACCACCCCCACAGCCACACCUGCCCCCACCACACCUGGCCCCGUAAAGGAGGAACAGAGUCCUGUGUCAUGUGGCAUGGGGCCCCCCUCAAAGGAGCCCAUAGAGACCUUCCCCAUGGACAUGUACAGCAGCUACCCCCUGCAGACCAUGUCCAAUCCAGGCAUGGGCCACCACCACCAUUCCCUCAUGCAGGUUUCCCUGUCCACGGCCAUGGGGGUGGGCCGCCACAUGCCGGACCCCGCUCCCCAUCCCCACCACCACCUUCCCCAGCCCCAGCAGCAACAGCAGCCUUAUGGCCACAUGCCCAGGUACCAGCAUGGAUCUACCUCAUAUCCCCACCCUGACACGGAGAGCUUUCUCAUGGACCUGCAGAGUGGGCUGCCUCCACACCUGACCGCAGCCUCCUCCUCUACCUCCUCCUCUCCUCAGAGGGAGGUGCUCUCAGAAGCCCAGGGUGGGCCAGGGGCCGGGGACCCCCGCAUUCUAUCCAGGAGCCCCGCUCUCUCCUCGGCCGAGUUGUCAUGCGCUGCUAACAUGGACCUGGGUCCUCUCCUGGGCUUCCUGCCGUUCGGCUUGCCUCCCUACAGUGCUCAUAUGAGUAUGGGAGGUCUGGUGAUUGGCUACCCCUCUAGCUCCACCUCCACUGAGCCGCCCUCCUCCUCCAGUCCCCUGCCUUCUCAGGCCCCAGGAGGCCUUACCUUCCUGCAGCCUCCACAACCGCACACACCCCAGGGUCCCGGAACCCACAACCACAACAACAACCAGCUACCUCAGGGGUUCAGCAACCCUGGAAUGAGCACUUCCACCUCCCUACCUCGCUACUACCAGGCCUUUCAACAGUGAGCAGCCUGAUACCAUGUGACCCACGUGAUCUAACACCAGGCCAAGGGACACUUCAAAUAGUCACGAAUAAAGCCUCCAAUAGAAUAUGAGUGUUUAGAACAGGGAUGGGCAAGUGGAAUUUUGUUGUCUCCUUUCUUUCUUUUUUAAAU